ACGAAAAAAGAAGUAAAAAAAAAAUUGUAAAGAAAAGAAAGUACAGGAGCGAAGACAACAGGGAAAAUAAUAAAAAAAGAAAAUUUAAGGACAAUGGCGAAAGAUCUGCUUUACACAAAAGAAAAGAUGAUAAUUCAACUGUAAAAAAUAUUAAACGACGGCGAAAUAAUUUAAUAGAGGAUGAAGAAAUGUCAGGAGAGCUAUCAGAAGAGGAGGGUGAACCAAAGUCAAAAAAAUACAUAUCUAUUAAAGAAGUGCCACGUGAACUUUUAAAGGCACUACGU